CACCCCGCCAACAGGAUAAAGCCUGCUGUCCGGGCCAGGCAGAUGCUGAAGCUGAGCAAGAUGCAGGGCCUCGCAGGUGGGAGCCGCGCUCCCCUGGGCCUGCUCCUCAUCUGUCUGUACCUGCCAGGCCUCUCUGCGCGGAGCAUUGGGGCACCUGAGGAGAAAGCCUCCCUGCGUUCGGGACAACCUUCCUUCACCAGCCUCUCUAGCUCCGGGCAGCCUCAGCCCAAGCUCGAUCCCCUCAAUAACGAGUUACCAAGGGCUCUUCCAAGGCUCGGUGACCCGCCAGGCGGCGCUGGACCUGAGGGGCCCAGAGGGCCUCCCUUCUGGAGCCCGUCCCCCUGGCUCUCAGAGGACCCUCAGCAAGGCGUGGCUGCUGCCGCCCAGGAGGCCCGGGACUACUUGGAGCAGGAGCCGCCGGAAGCCCUGCCAUACCUUCCCGGAGGCGGUCCCCUGCCCGUGGCUUCCUUUGCCCACGUCAGGCAACCCUCACCAGAGACUUCCCGGCCUCAGGACUCAGAGCCCACAUGGCAGCCCGGCUCCGGUCCACCGGGAUCAGAGGCAGAAGCCCUUGCCCAGGGCCCGUUCUGGUUCCUCUCCCACAGCUUUCUGCCUGCUUUACCCGGGAGGAGCCUAAAUGCCAGAGCAUCUUGGGGAGGUGGAGGGGCUGGAACCGGGUGGGGAGCAAGGCCCAUGCCAUACCUUUCUGGAAUAUGGGGUAGCAAUGGUCAAGGAUCAGGUGCUAAAUUGGGGGUUAAUGGCUGGAACCCAGCAGGCGGCUGGGGGGUUAAUGGCCGGAACCCAGCAGGCAUCUGGGGGGGUAAUGGCCGGUUCCCAGCAGGCAUCUGGGGGCGAAAUGGCUGGUUCCCAGCAGGCGGCUGGGGGGGUAAUCGCCUGUACCCAGCAGGCGGCUGGGGGGGGAAUCGCCUGUACCCAGCAGGCGGCUGGGGGGGGAAUCGCCUGUACCCAGCAGGCGGCUGGGGGGCGUAAUUGUCGGUCCCCACCAGGCAGCUGGGGUCUAACAGAAGCGGCCUCCGAGCUCCUGGCUCUUCCAGCAGCCUCGCUUUUCUCCCCACCCCUUUGCAGCUGGUUUAGGACUCAGUGGAAGCAUGCGCAGUCAGGCUCAGUCACAGUCACGUGGUUUCCCCUCCCCUUUCCCCGCCCCCAGAGACCCGGCUUCUCUGCGUCGCAGCCCUGGCUGUCCUGGACCCUGUAGACCAGGCCGGCUUCGAGCUCACGGAGACCCACCUGCCUCUGCCUCCCGAGUGCUGGGACUAUUCCUCUGUUGACCUGAGCUGGUUGCCAAUAAACUCACGCGGUUCUUGCA